AUUGGGUGCCCAGCAAGUGAAACUGAUUGACUGAAUUGACGUGGCUUAUAAGACAAACGGCACUGAAAAACACUCUUUGCUACAUGGACAGUAUACUUGUGCUAUGGAUGAUCACACUUGAUCUAAAAUUAUUUUUACUGACAUGAAUAAGAUGGAAGUUUAAGAUGCAUGAUCCAUCUAAACCUGAGUGGUCACAGAAUUGUUUGUGGCACUUUACUGUAUGGCACUAUACAGUAUAGUGCAGUUGUCCUUUUCUGGUCAGAUGGAAACGUGACAUGUCCAAAAUCCAUUUGGAUUGUAUUGAGUGACUCGAGCUCGAGCAACAGAAUGUUGCUUGUUGAUGUCUUAAGUUAUUAGAUGCAUAAUUUAAUCAGUUAAAUUUGCUUCUGUAAUAAAACACUGUUCAAACAGGAAAAUGACCAUACCCCUUAUUCUCUACACACUCUUGCAUCCCAGCAGGUGUCUGCCAUAAUAUGUGAACAUCUGUGCAAAUUUACGUAGACAAGACUUGUGAGACUUGGGAUGAGAAGAGAUUUCAAUUUCAUUUACUGUAGCCUACUGUUAAGUGUAUUGACACAAAUGAUGUCAUGCAUUCUCAUUGAUUGUGAAACAGUAGAAAUGCAAUAUAGGCCUAUUAAUCAACUAAUCUUAAUCCAUAGCUUCAAAAUAUUAUGAAGUUGUACUCCACUUAUUGAGAUGUUACUGAUUGAGAAAACAAUGAGGCAUGUUAUUUCGAAAGUAUGUUGGGAGACCACCAGAGGUGGCAGUCUUGCGCCUGUGAGGUCGUGUAAGUUCCUCGCUGAUCAAUCCACCACAGAGAACUAAAGUGCAUCUGGACUCUUGACAGUUCAGAUCAACAGCAGGGUAUCUGUCCAGACUAACUCACCAAUUGGGAAGAAUGGCUAAAGCCGGGAGAAGACCUACUAAUUUCUCCGAACAUUCCGAGAAGAACCCGCUGCCUGAUUCGGAGUCGGAUUCAGAAGACGAGCUGGCAAAUGUUGCCGUCGGACCGUACAUGGGUUCCGUCCUGCGUUCCCAAGUGAUUCACAGUGGACACUUCAUGGUAUCUUCUCCUCACAGCGAUGCUACCAUUCGCAGAAGAAAAAGUGGAGCAACCGACUACAACACUGCGAACAGGACUGGGUGUCAGACUUACAGAUUUGGUCCAUUCAGCUCUGGGAGUCUUAGCAUCGACCCAACGCUCACACGUUUGUUUGAGUGCAUGACACUGGCAUACAGUGGGAAGAUCGUUUCACCAAAAUGGAAGUCUUUCAAAGGCCUUCGUCUGCUGUGGUGGGACAAGAUACGGCUCAACAAUGGAAUAUGGCGGGCCUGGUUUAUCCAGUAUGUAGAGAAAAGGAAGAACCCUGUGUGUGGCUUCGUAACACCUCUGGAAGGUCUGGAAGCAGACGCUCAUCGCAAACCUGAGGCAAUUGUUUUGGAGGGAAACUACUGGAAACGUAGGAUUGAAGUGGUCAUCAAGGAGUAUCACAAAUGGAGAAUUUAUUACAAGAAAAGGCUACAAAAAAACAAAGAUGGGCUUCUGCCAGUUCUACCAAAGGGACCAAUCGGGCGUGCCGGUUUGGAGAAAUGGUCCAAUCAGAUGUACCAGGAGCCUGACCCCCUGGAGGAGCUGGACUGCUUCCUGUCGGACAUCUCGGAUACGCUGUUCACCAUGACCCAGAAGUCCAGUUCAUGGGGCGACGAGCGGCACAGUGCUUACACCAGUAAUGCAGAUAUGAUCCAGCCAGGACUGACGCCGCUACAGCCCAGCUUGGAUGAUUUCAUGGACAUACCAGACAUCUUCACCAGCUACAGGGGCCAGGCCCUGGACCAGGGCUACUAUGCUGACUAUGGCUACUUCGAGAGCUCCACAGGGGGGGCCUUCAGCAGCUCUGCUACCCCCACCGUGAGCACUUCUCAGCUGCACUCUGACCCACCCCAGCUGGACCAGCCAAGUCUGUCAUCAGAGAGGCAGUCAACACCUUCAUCCUCCGACACCAUCUCAGGCCCCCACUAUCACCACCACAGGUCGCAUCUCACCACCGACAUAACCUUUGACCCCACCGCCUUGGCCUGUGACCACAAGUUCAAAGGUCACCAAGAAUACGGCUCUCAAAGCGAGUGCUGCAGCACGACCGCUGGCCUGGAGGUGAACGAGGUGGCCCUGUACCGGCAGCAUGCGUCCUCAGCAUACGCACCUCCGGCCAUCUCCAUGCCCUCCUCCUCUGCCGAGGAGAACCCUUACCUGUACCCCGGGCCGUGCCUGAGGUACAGCACCAGCACCAUGGGCACCUCCACCGUCAUCACCCACACUGACCCCACCAUCAGCCUGCUGGGCUGCCAGGAGCCACGGCUGCAUGACUGCUCUGUCUUGACAGUCAGCAACACCGGAGAUGGCACUGGCAGCGGCGGCGGCAGCAGCGGAGGUGGUGGUGGUGGUGGUGGGUAUCCUUCAGCUGCCUGUGCCCUCCAGCCAGGCUACCUACCAGCCAGCAUUGCCAUCACCGCCACUGCUGCUGGCCCACUGCAGCCCACUCUGCCUGGACCCAGCAUGUCCCACUUCUUCUCAGUACCCCUGCAGCCCUCCCCAUCCACCAGCAGGGGGAAGCACAAGCGCAAGUCGGAGGGGGCCCGCGGGGCUGGUGGCCUGGUGGCCUCUGCGAUGCCCGUACCCGUGCCUGCACCUGCACAGCAGACCAGCUGCCUGGCCAAACUGCUCUCCGCCAGCACUCAUGAACGAAAACCUGCACUGUCUUUCGAUCCACCUCUUCAUAGUCCAAAAGGGGCCAAAGCCACCUCUCCUCUUUCACUGCCGGUGAGCAGCACAAUGUCCUCAGGUCGUGGAGCUUCUCACCUACCCAUGAGCAGUCACCAUUGGUCCACGGCAGACUCAUCCCUGUCCCUGUCACUCUGCCAGAUGUCAUCGGCAGCAGUGACACGCGGGCACCACAGAGCUCCUCCAUCCUCGACGGCGUCCCAGGCCUCUCAGGCGUCUGCCGUCACUGCCCUCCUCACCCAGGGUCCUCCACUCCUCAUCCCCAAGACAGAGAAGCUGUCUCCAGUCAAGAUCUGCGGCACAGAGGGCAGAGGCUUAACAGUCAAUUUCCCUGGUAGCUCGGGCCAGACAUCUCCCACUCACCCCCUGGAUAAGACGCCCAACCCAGAGUCUCCACACUCCCUAGCUGCUCACGCCAAGACUGAGCCAAACAGGACAGAAACCAGACGGAUCACUCACAUCUCUGCAGAGCAGAAGAGGCGAUUCAAUAUCAAGUUGGGAUUUGACACGUUAAACAACCUUGUGACUAGCCUGAGCUCACAGCCCAGUAUAAAGAUCAGCAAGGCUACCACCCUGCAGAAGACGGCGGAGUAUGUCAGUAAGAUGCAGCAGGAGAGGGCCCAGCUGCAUGAGGAGGCACACAGACUCAGAGAAGAGAUCAUGGCCCUCAACUCAGCCAUUGGUGUGUGCCAGCAGCAGCUCCCGGCCACCGGGGUGCCCAUCGCCCCACAGCGCUUUGACCACAUGAGGGAGCGCUUCAGGGAGUACGUCAGGGCACAGACGCUGCAGAACUGGAAGUUCUGGGUCUUCAGCAUCAUUAUCGAGCCCCUGUUUGAGUCCUUCAACAGCAUGGUGUCCCAGGCCAGCCGGGAGGAGCUGUGUCGCACCACACUCUCAUGGCUAGAGCAGCACUGCGCCCUGCCUGCCCUCAGACCCACUGUCCUGAACUCACUCCGCCUCCUUAGCACCUCCACCUCCAUCCUGACUGACCCCGCCCUCGUCCCCGACCAAGCCAAUCAGGCUGUCUGCCAGCCCCACCCUUCACACCACAGCUACACCCACUGACCUCUGACCCGGAAGCACAACACUGUCAGAGAGCCUGCCAAGUUAGCCAAGGAACCGUCAUCCACAUUGUCAUUAUACUGUACUGUACACUUCAUAGAUAUGAACACCAGAUGCCGCGUUUAGCGUUUUUGGCGCUGCUGUCUUGCCGAUGUCCUAUGUUUUUCCUAGAUGUUUUAGCGCCACAUACAGGAUAAUGUGCUGAUUGCAUUUGCCUUUCAUUGAUGACAGCGUUAUACCGGCUAAACAUGGCAGUGAUCUGACUUACACAGGACUGGUCAACGCGGCCUCUAGUGUUGCAAUCUAUGGUCAUUAUAAAUAUGAAUGCCUAACGGGUUGGCUGGCCCGUCCAUAGACAUUGUAUGUCUGUAUUUCAUCCGUAUCCAAAAUGCUCACUCGCGCACACAUAGUGCAAUAUGUAACGUAACAGUUAGCCAAGGAAAACACACAGUGCCAAAAUAUUCCUUUGACGUAUGGAUGACCAGUUAGGGCCUUGAUUAAUAUAAUGUGUAUUAUAUUUACAACAUACUGUAUGCAACAUGUAUCACCAUACGACCUGAGCUGCAAGUAUUCAUGAAUAUGCUAUAACCACUGUCUGUGUUUCUCUCAGUUUUGUGUGUGUGUGUGUGUGUGUGUGUGUGUGUGUGUGUGUGUGUGUGUGUGUGUGUGUGUGUGUGUGUGUGUGUGUGUGUGUGUGUGUGUGUGUGUGUGUCCAUCCGUCCAUUCGAGUGUGUGUGUUUUCGUGGUGUGAGAGAUCAUGCAACAUACAGUAUAUAACAUGACCUGCAAGUAUUGAUGGCUAUUACUACGGUUUCCCACUGUGAAAUAAAAUCACAGUCUUGAAAGACAGAACGCCUGGCGACUCAGGGAUUUACAUCUCAAAUCUAGAUAUGAUUCUCACAUUGCCACUGUGUAACCAUGGACUUUCUAAAUGUAGUCGUCACCUACAAACUGAAAAAAGUGUAUUGCAUUGUUUGUUACUGUUAUUUCAAAAGCUUUAAGUUCAGCAAUUAUGUUCUAUUAAAAUUGCAGAU